AUGGCUGAAAGUAUUCUUUCAUAUGACCAUGAAGAUGAAGACUACAUUGACAUAGAACUCAGCUCACAUUCCAAUUUGUUCUGUCACUCAAAAAGUUCUCCUCCACACCCACUAGAAUUUGAAUUCCAAAUGUUUUCAAGCUCCUCAGAGAGAGAUACCACAACUUCCCCAGCUGAUGAGCUCUUCUACAAAGGACAGCUCCUUCCCCUUCACCUCCCUCCUCGCUUACAAAUGGUUGAAAAACUCCUCCAUCACUCCAACUCUUAUCACAACAAAUCAGAUAUUACAAUUGAUGAGUUUUUCAGCACUCCUUUAACCACCAACACAAACACCACUCCUAUUGCCAAUACCCCAUUUGAGUCCUGCAAUAUCUCGCCGUCAGAUUCUUGCCAAGUUAGCAGAGAACUGAGCCCUGAUGAGUAUUUCCUCGAGUAUUCGACAGUAUCAAACAAUUUCAUUGGCGAAAACCCGAAAAAGUCAUGGACCGAAAAGCUUAAGCUAAUCAAACAGUCCUCAAUUGGCUCAAAGCUGAAGGCUUCCCGGACUUAUCUGAAGUCUUUGUUUAGUAAAUCUGGUUGUUCAGAUGAGUCCACUGCAGCAACUCCAAGAAAGUUUGAUGAUGAAUCAUUUCCAAAGGCUAAGGACUGUGUAAACAAGUAUGCGAGGGUACCAAAAAUGAAGACUCCAUUUGGACAAAUUCAAAGAGAGAGAAACCAAAUGUCCAUGAGAAGUUUUAACAAAGAAAAGAUUGCUGAGGAUGGCCAUGGUCAUCAUAGGAGGUCUUUUUCGGUCACUAGCUCCCUGGCUGCUGCUCAGGCUCGCCUGCACAAUGUUAGAGAAGAGAGGGACCAAUUCUAUGAAGCUAAUGAUCACAUUGUUGCUCAUUUGAAAACAAAGGAAGAUGAACUGUCAAGAUCCAUUGGUUCAUGUAAAAUUGAAGCAGAUGUUCUUAAUACUUGGAUCAAUUUCUUAGAAGAUACUUGGGUUCUUCAGUGCUCAUAUACAGAGAUCAAGGAGAAGGAGGUCAAUGAUGAAUUGGAGAGACACGAGGGCUAUUUUCUGAAGUUGGUUAUUGAACUCCUCACUGCUUAUGAGAUAGAGUUGAGCCCUUGUAUCGACCGAAUUGGGAAAUAUGUGGAGAACCUUAAGAGCUUAAGUGAAGGGUCAGAGAAAACAUCUGAUGCAAAUGACGAGGGUUCAAAAGUAUUAAACCCAAGGAAAAAUCUUGAGGAGGAAUAUCUGGACUAUGAAGCAAAGGUACAAAUUAUAACCACAUUUAGUGUAGUGGAAAAUAUGAAAGAGCAGUUCUAUGCCCAACAAGGGAAAUUAUCUUGGAAAGAUGAUCCGAGGGUCAAAGAGCUUUUCGAUAAUAUUGAAAAACUAAGAGAAGAAUUUGAAUCAAUUGAGAGACCAAAUUUAGAAAUGGAAACUCCUCCCCAAGAGGAACACACUCCAGCCAGUAAGACGCCACAAGAAAGCCAGCCACAUCCAAUAAUGCAGGCCACCGAGACUCCAGAAGCUGAGAAAAAUGAGCACCCUCAAUCUCCUACGGUGAGGACAGAGCGGUUGCUAGACCCUGAAGCCGAAUUGGCAAAGCUGGAGUCUGAAUUCGGGAAGGUUAAUCGAGAAUACUCAGCAGAAGAAAUUGGUGAGUGGGAAUUCGAUGAGCUUGAGAAAGAAUUGAGAUCUAGUGAUGCGGCCACGAGCAAAUAA